CUUAAUUACCAGCCAGCCUUUGCAAAAUUCCCAAGUCCACAUACUUCAGCUAACAAUGGGAAUAAUCAACAAUUUUCUCACUAAUCGUUGUACGAGUUACAAUUUUUUAUUAUUGAUUAUUUUCUUAUAUAUUCAUUUUCUGGCUGGUCUCUGCUUUCAUUAGCUUCCACCAAACUGUCGAAAAAUUGAAAUUUCCAUACCUUUUCAUACGAGGGCCUUUUUACAGUGCAAAAAUCUAUAGAACUAGUCAACCGCAUAGCCUCGCAAAGAAUGCUUCAAGCCUUCGAGCAAGUUCGAAACGUGCGUGUGCUAUUAUUUAAAGAAUGAGAGCAUCAACCAACACAAUGAUGAAACAAACUCAGGUGUUUCUUUUUAAAUUUGCCUCAACCACAACUAUAACCAUAUGGAAAAUACUGGCUUCCUCCUCCCUCUUACGGUGUUACUCAACUUUGUCGCUGCUUUCUCAGCAGAAUCACCCAAUAUCACCAUUGACCAAUUGGCUCUUCUUGCACUAAAGGCCCAUGUCACUCGUGACCCUCAAAACAUAUUGGCAACCAACUGGUCGACUACCACCUCUGUUUGCGAUUGGAUUGGUGUCACUUGCAGAUCCGAUCAUCAAAGAGUCAUCACUCUUAAUCUUUCUGACAUGGGUCUUAUAGGCACCAUCCCGCCUCACUUGGGGAAUAUCUCUUCACUUACUCAGCUUGACAUCCGAAACAACAACUUUCGAGGCUCGUUACCCAUGGAGUUGGCUAAUUUGUCUUCCUUGCAAUAUAUAAACUUUGGUAACAACAACUUCGUUGGGGAAAUCCCAUCAUGGUUUGAUUCCUUCACUCAACUUCAGGGAUUGUCUCUGUACAGUAACAACUUUUCUGGUAUUAUCCCAUUUUCUUUGGGUUCUUUGUCAAAGCUUAAGGAGUUGUUCCUAUAUGACAAUGAUUUGGAAGGGCAGAUUCCUGUAACAAUCGGAAAUCUUUCCAAGUUAAAAUCGUUGAACUUGGAACAGAAUCAUCUUUCAGGUAAAAUUCCAACCAGUUUAUUCAAGUGCCAAGAGUUAGAAGAUUUAAUUUUAUCUAGCAAUGCCUUGGAGGGAAGUGUGCCUCCAGAAAUCGGGAAUUUGACUAAAGUAAACAACUUGUUCUUCAGUUCAAACAACUUAACAGGUGAAAUUCCACCAACCGUUGGAAACCUGACUUCUAUUAAGCACCUUGAUUUUUGGCAUAACCACUUGACAGGUCAUCUUCCAUCGACUAUGUUUGAUCACCUUCCUAAAUUGCAACUUUUGGAUUUUCAUAACAACAAUCUAUCGGGUAGAAUUCCAACCAAUAUAUUCAAGUGCCAAAAGUUAGAAUUUUUAGCUUUAGGUUGGAAUGACUUGGAGGGAAGUUUGCCUCAAGAAAUUGGGAAUUUGACUAAAUUAAUCCACUUGCAUCUUGAUAUGAACAACCUAACAGGUGUAAUUCCAUCAACUAUUAGAGGCUUGACUUCUGUUGAAGCCCUUCAUGUACAGUCUAACUAUUUGACAGGACCGCUUCCGACUCUACCACCUUCAUUGUUAUGGUUCCGCGCAUCAGAUAAUCAGUUAGUUGGAGAAUUCCCUUCCUCAAUAUGCAAUUUGAGCUCCCUGCAAUUUCUCGACUUAGCUAUGAAUAAUUUGGGUGGAAUUAUUCCGGAAUGUUUUGGAAAUUUAACUUCCUCUCUUUUACAGAUGAAUCUGUUUAUGAAUAACUUUCAUGGUAAAUUAUCAAGAACUUUGUUUCCUAAGAGUUGUUCGUUGAUAAGUUUUCGCCUCAACAACAACCAGCUUGAAGGGCCAAUACCACAAUCCUUGGUUAACUGCAAAGACUUGGAACUUCUAGAUUUGGGAAACAACAACUUAAAUGACACCUUUCCUAGUUGGUUAGGUAAAUUGAAUCUACAAGUUCUUGGCUUAAGAUUCAAUAGAUUCCAUGGUCACAUUGUCAAUUCUGAAGUUGCAUCUUCCUUCUCUCAUUUGCGGAUCAUUGAUCUCUCUCACAAUGACUUCAGCGGUUGCUUGCCACCAAAAUUUGUCGAAAGUUUGAAUGCUAUAAGCAAUGGGUAUGAAAAGAAAGGUGAAGUGGAGUUCAUGAGAAAUGGUAGCAUUUACGGUUUCUCUGUGUAUUAUGAUGAAUCUUUCUAUAUUACAAUAAAAGGGUUGGAGAUCGGGUGCACGAGAAUCUUAAUCUCUUUGAUGGUUGUUGACUUCUCAAAUAAUCAAUUCAGUGGACAUAUUCCUGAAAUAAUUGGAAAACUUCAAUCACUUAGAGUCCUCAACCUUUCUCACAAUAGUUUCACAGGUCCUAUCCCGUCAUCCUUAAGUAAUUUGUCUGAGGUUGAAUCAUUAGAUCUCUCAUCAAACAAGCUUGAAGGAAGAAUUCCAGCUCAGUUAAAUAGUCUUGGAUUCUUAGCUGUAUUAAACCUUUCUUGGAAUAAUUUCAUCGGACCCAUUCCUAGAGGCAAACAAUUUAAUACUUUCACAAAUGAUAGCUACACUGGGAACUUGGGUUUAUGCGGACUCCCAUUGUCAAAAAGCUGUGGAAACGAUCAGGAUUUGGAACCACCUCCAACAAUAUUUGAUGAUGAUGAUGAUGAUACAACAAAAGAAUUGAACUGGAGAUUUUCUAUAUUGAUGGGGUAUGGAUGUGGGUUAGUAUUCGGAUUGAGUAUGGGAUACAUAGUGUUCACAACUGGAAAACCGUCGUGGUUCAUUAAGAUGACCAAAAGAGUUCAGCAAAAAUAUGUUAGAAGGACAUAAUUAAUGCUGUCAGGUGAGUUUUAGUACUUCUAAAUGUAUAACAGUAUUUAAUUACCAUUACCAUUUUUCCUUUUAACAAGAUGUAAGAUUUAGCUUUGACAAGGUUUAAA